AUGCCAGAUAGUGUCAACCUCAAUUCACUUUCGAUACAUCUUCGAAACGGCUUAGGUCCAUCUGCAUUCAAUUUGGUUCCACCACCACCAUGUCCUGUCAUCUUGAACAUCACGAUGUAUUUACAUCCAACUUCUAUAAAAGAUACAGCUGAGGGAGAUUCGAUGUCUGGAUUAGGUGUGAAUUACUCCUCCGUGUCAAAAUCGAUAUACGGUUUAUUAUCAGAUCCUGAUCGAACCUGGACGUCACCUUGGGAUCUCCUCAAUGAAUUGUCAUGUAUACCGUUAUCAUUGACAAACGAUGUCGAAAGAGUCAAAUUACAAUUGGAAUUACCAAAAGGUUUAUUACAUGCUAAUUCAGUUAUAUAUAAAGGAAUAUAUACCAAUUCAGCGCCAACAGCUACAUCAACAUCAACAUCAACAUCAACAUCAAAAAAGGAAAGAGUAGGAAAUACAGAUGAGGUCGUUAUUCGAGAUCAGAAAUGUGAAAUAAAAGACAUUAAAACAGAAUGUAUAAUUGGAUUACAUCCUCAUGAACGAACUGAAAAGCAACGAUUAGAGAUCGACGUUGAGAUUGAUAAUGUUGAUUGGGAUGAAUUCAGUCAUAAAUGGUUUGCAGAUGAGGUUUAUAACUUUGUCACUUCUUCCUCAUAUGCAACUAUAGAAUCCUUAAUACAUUCACUUGGAUCAUACUUGUUCACUUUACCUUCACUAUCAAGUACAUCGAUUUCAAUAGUUAUACGUAAACCAUCUGCAAUACCGUUCGCUAUACCAAGUAUAGCGAUUCAUCGUACAGCAUCAGAUUAUCCACUCUCUUCAUCUCCGAUCAACGAGCCUACCUUGAUGUCACGAGAUAAUCAAGGAGAAUCAUCAGCAUCAGCAUCGUCGCCGUCGCAACAACAGGUUAAAAGAGUUUUUAUAGCUGUAGGAUCUAACAUCGGUGAUAGAAUCGGUAACAUACAAAAAGCAAUUAAAGAAUUACAAAUCAAUCAACAAUGUGGCUUGAUUUCAACGAGUAGAUUAUAUGAAAGUGAACCUAUGUAUGUUGAAGAUCAAGAUAGAUUUAUCAACGGUGUCAUCGAAUUGUACACCUCCUUGAACCCCAUAGACCUCCUGCGCUUACUCAAAAAGACUGAGAAAUCAGUUGGUAGGACUAAAACGUUCACCAACGGGCCCAGAGUCAUCGAUCUCGAUUUAGUCUUUUACGGGGAUGAGAUUGUUCAAAUUGGUCAAAAAGGUGAUGCACCUGACGAAGAUGGUGUAGGCUGGUUGGAAUGCCCUCACAGAAGUCUGGUCGAGAGGGAAUUCGUAUUAAGGCCAUUGAACGACAUUGCACCCACAUUCAUUCAUCCAUCUCUUCGUCAAACGAUCCAUCAGCUUCUAUCUCGUUUACCGAAAUCUAAUCCACCAGCUCUUCAGCCAAUAAUACCUUUCUCGUCACCUUCCAAACCCUUACGACUCUACACUCCUUCAAUCCCUCAUGUGAUGGCUAUAUUUAAUGCAACACCAGAUUCAUUCUCAGAUGGCGAUCCAGCUCGUACCGAUACUUCCUACGCUCUCAAAGCUGUUGAAAAGCUAUUUGAGGGUGAAGACUCACCUGAUAUCUUAGAUAUAGGAGGAAUGUCAACUCGACCGAACUCCGAACCAUGUUCAGAAAGUGAAGAGUUAGAAAGAGUCGUUCCCCUGAUCAAAGCAAUCCGAUCUUCUUCCAACAUCAAAUUAAAGGAAGUUCCGAUCUCAAUAGAUACAUACAGACCAAAUGUAGCUUUGAAAGCUGUUGAAGCAGGUGCAACUUGUAUAAAUGAUGUGAGAGGUGGAAGCGAAUCGGGUAUGUUGGAAAUAAUGGCACAAUUGGAUGUACCUGUUAUUUUGAUGCACUCAAGAGGAGAUUCCAAAACAAUGUCGUCGUUAACGGAUUAUUCGAAAUAUCACGGUGGUGUAAUUGAAGGUGUAGCCAAAGAAUUGGAAGAUACGAUUGAAAAAGCUUUAAAAAAAGGAAUUAAGAAAUGGAAUAUCGUUUUGGAUCCUGGGUUGGGUUUCGCUAAAUCAUAUCAAGAUAAUUUGAUCUUAAUCAAACAUCUUCCAAGUAUAUUAUCAUCUGUUUCGAAAUUGAGUGGUUAUCCGAUGUUAGUUGGAGGAAGUAGGAAAGGUUUCAUUGGUAAAACAAUCAAUAAGCCCAUAGCAUCGGAAAGAGGUUAUGGCGAUGCUGCAAUGACUUCUUGGUGUGUCAGUACGGGUGUAGUUGACAUACUGAGAGUGCAUGAACCAUCACAAGCUAGGGAUACUAUCAGGAUGAGUGUAGCUAUUAGAGAUUGUUAA